AUGGAAGGGAAAAAUGACAGCCAGGCAACUGAGUUCAUCUUCUUGGGAUUCACAGAUUGUCAAGAACUGCAGGUUGUCCUCUUUAUAACAUUCCUGGCAGUCUAUAUUAUCACCCUGGUGACCAAUAUCGGCAUGAUCCUGUUAAUUCAAAUUGAUUCUAGGCUUCAUAGCCCUAUGUACUUUCUGCUCAGUAAUUUAUCCUUUGUAGAUAUUUGUUAUUCCACUGUCAUAGCACCUAAGAUGUUAAUGGAUUUCCUAGCAGAGAACAAAGCCAUAUCUUAUAGUGGUUGUGUUUUGCAAUUAUACUUCUUUGCAGCAUUGUGUGAUACUGAGUGCUUUCUGUUAGCUGCCAUGGCCUAUGACCGUUAUGUGGCAAUAUGUAACCCGCUGCUGUACAAAGUUGUUAUGUCCAAGAAAGUCUGUAUCCAAUUAGUAGUGGGGUCAUAUUUCUUGGGCAUUCUGGAUUCCUUGAUUCACACGUAUUUUACUUUCCGGUUGUCAUUCUGUGGGUCUAAUAUACUCAACCACUUCUUCUGUGAUAUCCCUCCUCUCCUAACCAUCUCAUGCUCUGAAACUCACCUCACUGAGCUCAUGCUGUUCACUUUCUUUGGCAGUAUUGAAGCAGUCACCAUCCUGACCAUUCUAGUUUCCUAUGUGUACAUUGUGCGUACCAUUUUGCGGAUCCGUUCUGCUGAAGGGAGACGCAAAACAUUCUCUACCUGUGCCUCCCACAUGCUUGCAGUCACUAUUUUCCAUGGGACUCUGAUCUUCACCUAUUUUCGACCAAGCUCCAGCUAUUCUUUGGAUACGGACAAAAUAGCAUCACUCUUCUAUACCGUAGUUAUCCCCAUGUUGAACCCCCUGAUCUACAGCCUUAGGAAUAAGGAAGUGAAAGGUGCCCUAUGGAGAGCAAUCAAUAAAAAGGUGUUUUUUCACUGA